CUUAAUUUCACAAGUUAAGCCUUUUGGAAUCGGAAUUAAUUUCAAGUCAGGUAUCAAGCUAGGGUUGUUUCCACUCCUUUAACCUGCGCCCACGCGUUCGCCACCGUGCGGAAAACCCUAGCUCCCCCUUCCUCCUCCCACUCUCUCUGCAGAUCCCGUAGCCAUGGCCGACGCCUACUGGAGGUACGGCGACGCCCGGUACCAGGCGGCGGCGAUGGCCCCCGCCGCCACCGCCCCCACCGCCGCCGCCGCCGCCACCGCCACAGCCGCCGCCGCCGGGACGCUUAAACGGCCCCGCCCAGAUUACCCUGAUAUGCCUAGUGGUUCGGAGGUGCCUGGUUAUUAUCCUCGUGAGGAAGAAAGGGCAGGUUAUCGUGUAGUCAGAGACACCGAUACCUUAGGAGCUUCUUAUGAUCGUUACUUACGAAAUGGGAUGUCUUCCUUUGGUCCCACUGAAGCUGUUAGACCUGUGCUCGGAGCAAUGCCUGGUUACCCAGCUGAUGAUCGGCGUAUUGCAGUUGCUGGAGGUGUGGAUAGCAGGACCCUUGGAUAUGCUGGUGUUAGGCCAGAGCCUCCUCUUCCUCCUGAUGCCUCAAAUACUCUGUUUGUUGAAGGUCUCCCUGCGAAUGUUACUCGCAGGGAAGUUUCACAUAUCUUCCGUCCUUUUGUAGGUUUUCGUGAGGUGAGACUUGUCAAUAAGGAAUCCAGACACCCUGGAGGGGACCCGCUUAUCCUGUGCUUUGUUGAUUUUGCCACCCCUGCACAAGCUGCUGUUGCUUUGGAUGCUUUGCAAGGUUAUAAGUUUGACGAGCAUGAUCGUGAAUCAGCCAAUCUGAGGCUGCAGUUUGCUCGCCAUCCUGGACCGAGGUCAUCUGGUGGGCCCCGUGGUAGGCGUUAAAUGGUCCGAUUCCAUUUACAGGCUCGGUCGUUUCAUGUGGCCAAAAGUUUGCGGGGAUGUAGCCGAUUAUCCGACUGGGAAUUCGAUCCGCUAGAUUACUAUCAUCGUAGGCAUAAUCAUAUAUUUGGACUCUAUAGUUAGUCCAGAAUGCUGUAUCCGCUAUUUCUUGACAUAAUUUCGUACUGUAUUAACUAAUUAACAGUGAGUGUUGGAUGAUGUAGACAUCGUGGCUUUCAGUUGAUCGCGUUUUAAGUGUGCGAAAAAUGUAUGUGUGACAUUAGCUUUCUAGGUGGCGAUUUAAUACCAAAUGUGAUACCUAAAUUUAAGGUGCUC